CGCUCUUGAGGGCUAGAUGUCUCGCCAUUUUCUUUCCGGCGAACGCCAAACACUUACUCAUCUCUCACAAAGUGGUUCGAAUAUAACAGUAUUUAACAACUGCCUUGCUCUCUCAGGCUAUCAGCUCUACGUUAAUGUCGACUGGGUUGUCAACCGCGGACGCAUUUUUAAUACAUUUGCUGUCUACACCGGAAGGACUGAACAUGUGGCCUUGUUUGCCGUAGCAGAAUUCAGUGGCGAUGUAGGGGAAGAGUACGAUGUAAAAAUUCAAAAGGCAUUUGCGCAGCUGGAGGUGGACAGGCUGCAGAUGCGCGAGACUGGCUUUGGGGUGGUGAUGGUGGGAAAUCCAGAAUGGUUCAGUAAAGCCUCAAGUCCAUGUAUACCUGUUCCAGAUGGAGACUAUGACGCGCACCUUGCCACACUCGUUCUCAAUAUUAAUUUGCGUCGGUUCGGUUGCGGGGAACGGUCGCUCCUCUCCUUUCGGCCCCCAUCACAAGCAGUUUGUGAGAAGUUUUAUCGCAUUACUGGCACCCAGCAAAGUCCUCAGCUCCCUUUUGACCAAUGUGUUCUCACAGUGGGGAGGAUGGUGCAGCAAGCGUUGGUUUUACUGGCACUCCUCAAUGCAGAGUAUGCGGAUGGUCUGAUGUGCAAUUCUACUAGUGCUGCUUUGAAGCAAUUUUACAAUGAAUUUGGUCCUUUCAAUGAUGUGGAGAUUGAGCCCGGUAAUUGGUGCGAUCCGCCAUUGGUCACAGUCGUGUUACGCACAGUGGAAGGGUUGAAGCAAAAACUAGGCGCCUUAGGAUACGCGGUAAAGAUGGGAAACGAGCUCAACGGACUAGCGAGACAGAUUAAGCACUUUCAGAAGUCACAAGGGUUGCGAGUGACACAUGUGUUUGAUCGAAAGACGAUAAACAGGAUUGAGACUCUCUACGUGAGGGUUCCAGCACAGGCACAGGCCGUUGCAGCAGUUUCAUCUACAGUAAACGUUCUACGUUCCAAGAUUGAAGAUAUAACCGGUUUUCCUACCGCGUCGCAUCGUCGAGGUGAUGAUAGUGAUGGACAAGGCCCAAUAGCUGGUCCAGGAAGCAAUGAACACGACUUGGAAUAUUUCCUGAAUAGCUGGAUACGAGUAGCAAAACGUACAGAGAAACAGCAGAGCAGGAAAAAAGAAAAGCGAACCGACAACAUGAACUUGACUGUCCCGACUGCCCCAUCGCCUAAUGCCCAGACCCCAUCACCGAGAAUGGCGGGUACUUCACCUAUCUCGCCAACGGUGGCCACUCUCCCUCAACCGGCGCUACCGCUUCGUACUGAUCCACUAAGUGCUACUUCAACUGCCCCAGCCCCGGUCAACUCUAGUAUCAGUGCACAACCGCCCCCGCCAGGGUUGCCCAUUGACGACCUUGAUGAGGAAAAUCAGCAACAUCCAAAGUUUCGGGCGACACCAGCUCGUAUGCUUCGCGGCCUAAAGGACUCUACCUCGCGGACUCUUGGCGGCAUAGUGGAAAAGUCGAAGCUGGUAACAAAAGGCAUGAAGCAACUGGCACAUACUGUCAAGGAAGCUGGUGGCAUUCAUGAUGAAGGCGUCGAUGGUGAGGCUGAUGUCAGCGCAAACGCUCCCGAGUCCGGGAAUGCCACUCGGCAAGUAUCUACGGUCAUCCCUUCAACGCAAGGUCAUGAUGUGGAUGUACACGACGAGGCUCGAGACCUCGUUGAAAAUAUUGUGGAACGGAGCCGACCACCGGUUGCCCUUACCCCUGCGGACGGGCUAUCUGGCGGCAAACGCGCGUCAAUUCACCGACGUGCUCUAUCGUUAGACAGCGUGCGACGCACCGAGAUGAACAUACUGGAAAAGUUGAGCAAAAAACGUGACGGAACUACAAGCCGAAGUGGGGAGAGAACACUGGGGAGACAUUCCAUUGAUUUUGGAAGCAGGGCAACGGAUUUGAAUGACCUGGCAGCACCGCCCUUACCGCCAACGUCGCUUUCACUUCGACGAAGGGGAACAAUUGAAGGUGCGCCGUCUGAUAGGUCCCGCGGAGGCGGUGAAUCUUCCGCCGGUGUAUCUCCAGCCGUGUCUCCAUCCCCCAUUGCCGCCCCCUCAUCCCCGAUAUCCACAUCUCCAAUACCACCCCUUUCCCUCGCACUUCAUCCGCGCUUAAUCUCCCAGAGAGCUGCGUUAAUUCGACGCCUCCAUCACCUCUCGCACGCACUGGGAGAUACGAUCCCACCGCUUCUCAAGACCCUUACAACGAACACCUCGUAUUUGUCCACUCACACCGAAACCCAUAUAACCCAGACUGCUGCUCUGAAAUCGUCCAUAACCGAACUGCAAAAUCGUCAAAAGGCUUUGGUGGAGAAGGUGGAACAGGUGGAGAACGAGGUGUUGAGAGUGCGUUAUGCUGUUGGAGUCCUCGAAGAACGAGUUGGGGAGGCGGAAGAAGCGGUGUUGGGCUUCUUAGGGCGUUUGAGUGGUGUAGAGGGAUGGUGGAGGAAGAAAGGGGGCAGUGCUAGGCAAAAGAAGGAUGGAUAAAGCUACGACAUAUAUGUCCUUUUUCUUUUCGGGUUUAUGUAUAUACUUUUGUAUUUUUUGAUACAUAUAGCUUCUGUUUUACACGAGCUUAAAAACAGCGAUAUACGUGGAGUAGAGAGUGCGCUUUCGAAUAUACUUUUUGCUUGCAUACAUUGGGAGAUCACUGUUACA